GCCCCGCCAUUGGCGGGCGGUUUGAAUGACGGAAGUGACGACGGCUCUCCAAUGGCUGCCCCGCAAGCGCACAAACGGCUGUUCGGCAGCUGGUCGGCGUGUGCUGCGGAGGCCAGCUUACUUAGAGCUACAACUCUUGGCUCCGGGUUCGGGGUCCUCAGGACCUACAUAUAUAAAUUACACAGAAAUGAAAAGAAAAGUAGUGAAUACUGGCAAGCUGAGAUUGAGUCCUAAUGAGGAAGCCUUAAUUUUGAAGGAAGAUUAUGAAAGAAGACGAAAACUAAGAUUGCUGCAGGUUCGAGAACAAGAAAGAGAUAUUGCCUCACAGAUAAGACAAGGUAUAAAACAGAGGAGAAAUCAGCAAUUUACUCGUUUGGCAGAGGAGCUAAGGGCGGAAUGGGAAGAAUCACAAAAUCAGAAAAUACAAAACUUGGAAAAACUCUAUGUGGCAAGUUUAAGAAAUAUGGGAGCAGGACAUCAACAGGCCAAAGAAAAUGAACCUGAUUUAGAUGCACUGGCGUGGCGGGCAGCAGAAAGGAAAAGAAAAGCAGAUUUGAGGCAUAAAGAGGCCCUGAAAGUACAGAAACAUCAAAAAGAAAUGUUAAUGAAACAAAAAACCUGGCAUAUAAAAGCUCGAAAGGAAGCACUGCUUGUGGAAAAAGAGAGAUCUGCCAAAAUUACAAGUCUGCCCCCUCCUCCUCCAGCUCUUUUUGAGAACAUUGAAGUAAAGAGAAUUUCUGCAGUGAAAACCAAUAGUUCUACCUACCAUCAUCUUUAUACUUUUGUGAAUAAACAGGUGGACACAAAGCAGCCAGAUGCUCAUUUGGCUGCUGAAGAAGAAGCAAAACGAUUGGAAGAACUACAAAAACAGGCAGCACAAGAGAGAAUGGAACAGUCUGAAAAGGCACAUGCACGGGGUUUCCAAGCAAUGAAAAAGAUCCAUUUGGCCCACAAUCAAGAGAAAGUAAUGAAAGAACUCAAACAGCUACAACAAGAGGACCUGGCACGUAGGAGACAGACUGUAGCACAAAUGCCACCACAACUAGUUGAACUUCCAUACAGGCGCAGUGAAAUGAAAGAAGACUGGCAGAGAGAGUUGGAAUUUGCCUUUGAAGAUAUGUACAAUGCAGACAGGAAGGUGAAAGGAAACCUGAUUUUGCACCUUGCACCAGAGCCUUUGCCCACUGUGACUGAUCUGAUCCAAGAUGAAGAACUGAACCUUUCAAUGGAACAAGAAAAUUUAGAUGAAGCUGAAAACCUUCCAGUGACAGAAGCUGAAAUAAUAUGUUCUAGUGAAACAGAUGUUCCCUUGGCAGUGAAGACCCAACAGAUCCCUUCAAAAGUUCUUUUCAGAAAAUUAUUAAAUAAGAUCCGAAGCCAAAAAUCUCUCUGGACAAUUAAAUCCAUGUCUGAGGAUGAAAAUGAAAUGGAUGCUAUGAAAAUGAUUAUGGAUGCUAGUGAAACUGAGAGUAGUAAAGCACCAACUAUUGAGUCAGGAGCAAUUGACAGUGAAGAGAGAACGUUAUCCGCUGUACAGGAACAAGUUGAAAGUGAUGCACUGACAAUUGAGUCUGGACCACUUACUAGUGAAGAUAAAACACUUACAUGUACAGACUCUGGAAAGAAACAAGAAAUAAAUGAGACGCCACCUAUCGCAGCUACAGCUCAGAGUGCAGUUUUACUUCAUCCUCAAGAAGAAGCAACCGUAAUUAGAAUGUCAGCAAGGCAGAAACAGAUAAUGGAAAUAGAAGAGCAGAAGCAAAAGCAGUUGGAAUUACUUGAACGAAUUGAACAACAGAAAUUAAGAUUAGAAACUGACUGCUUCAGGGCUCAGCUGGAAGAAAAAAAAAGAAAAGAACCUCAACAGACUGGGGUUGGCGCUGCUCCAGCAUCAUGCACUGUAAUUUGUGAUGAAGAUAAUCAUAGGCAGAUGAUUCGUAACUAUCAACAUCAGCUCUUACAACAAAACAGGUUACACAGGCAGUCUAUUGAAACAGCCAAGAAACGAUUACUUGAAUAUCAAGCUGUGUUAAGAGAAAGGUACCCAUCCAUGUCAGCUCCAUCAUCUACUGCAUCAGUACCAUCACAGAAAUCUGAAAGACUCACUGCUGUAUCAGAGUAUUAUGAUCAAGGUCAGAGACCCAAAUUGAGUUCUAACAAAUAUCAACCCAUACAACUGACACAGAUCUCCAAAUUAGAACAAGAUCAUUUUCAAGUACCAAGACAAAAUUAUUUUCUACAAAGACCGGUAGAAACAACGGAAAUAUUUAGCACUUCAGGUGUUUUAGCUAAGCAAUCUUUAGAAUCACAAGAACGUCUAGGGCAAUUCUCACCGACUGAAAUGCAACAGAGAGACUAUAAAUUGGUCCCUAAAGAUUCUCAUAUACUUUCAAGGGCUUUGUCAGAUGUCAGGCCACUGAUAUUACAGGAUGCUACAAAAAUAUCUGAAACAUUAAGGGCAACAGCUUUUCAAACUUUACAUUCACAGCAAAUACUCUCAGAGGAUAGUGAAAGUAUAUCUUCUAAGCUAACUGAACCAUCUUCAUUCCUACCACUGGCACCUCAGCAUUCUUUUAGUUCUCUGCCUGUUAAAGUUGAAUCUGGAAAAAACCAGGAACCCUUUUCAACUGCAAACAAAAGUGCAGUUUCCAUAAGCCAUUCUGUGAUCAGCCAAAUGCAUGAUAGGCUUUUGCCAUACUCAGAGGAUUCUAUCACAGCCCAGCAAGGUAAUCUGAAGGCUCUCCAAGAACAGUUAGACCUACAGAAGGAUGUUCUUCAGGCAAGACGAGAAGCUCAGGAACAAUUGCUUUUGAGCAAACAGAAAGAAUUGGAACAGCAAACUGGCCUCUCCGUAUUUCUUCCAUUGGUAGCUCCAGAUUCAUCUGCUUUACUGCCUUCUGCCAAAGCUGAACUGGGAAGAAUCCAGGAAUCUUCUCCAACCAAGACUGAUACUGCAGUUUCAUCAGACCAUCCUGUAGUCCCACAACUUCAGGAUAGGCUUUUGAGUUCUUCACAGCCUAUCUUAUCUCAGAAAAAUAGUUUAAAAUUUCUCCAAGAGCAGUUGAAUAUUCAGAGGGAUAUCCUUCAGGCGAGGCGGGAAGCCCAGGAAGUAUUAUGUGUACAUAAACAGAGGGAAUCAGGUGGAAGAGAAUGUUCACAACAGGCUGAGCUCUCUUCUCUCCCAUUUCAGAUUGCUCAGCAUACAUUUACUUCAUUACCUUCUGCUGAUACAAAAUAUGGAAAAAUCCAGCAACAGUAUCCAUCUAAAAGUGAGAAAGGACUUCUCUUAAGCCAAUCUGAAAUCUCAAAAUCUCAGGAUAGGUCUUCAGGUUUCCUACAACAGUUCCUACCUCUACAUGAGAGUUUGAAGUCACUCCAAGAACAGAUGACUACACAGAGGGAUACUCUUCAGGCUAGGCCUGGAGCUCAGCCUGAAUUACUUUUACAUAGACAAAGGGAUUUGGGGGAUAAGUCUGGCCAGAUGAGUUCUUUCUCACCAAUGGUUCAACAUUCAGUUGCUUCACAAGCUUCUGCUAAAGCUGAGCCCAGUAGAAUUCAGAAACAUUACUUUUUGGAGAAGGAGAAUAUAAUUCCCUCUAGUAAUUUGAUAUCCUCAACAUUUCAGGAUAAGUCUUUUGUUUUCCCACACCGUAGCCUGCCACAGCAAGAAAAUUUGACAGCAUUCCAGGAACAGUCACACAUACAGAGGGUGAUAGUUGGUACUAAAGAAGAACUUCAGAGAUUUGUAUACAAACAAAGUGAAUCAGAAAAAAUAAUUUCUUCUGAACAAACUGGAACCUCAUCAUCUGUAUCCCAGGUAGCUGAGUCAGAGAGAUUCCAGGAAUGUAUGUCAAUCGAGAAUGACAGUACAGUUCCCUUAAGCCAUUUGAAGGUCCCAAGAUUUCAGGACAGACUUUUGAGAUUCUCACAACACAUACUGCCUCUACAAGGUAAUUUGGAGGAACACCAAGAAUGGCUAGACCCUGAGAAAGAUGCCUUUCAUUUCAGCUGGAAAACCCAAGAAAAUACAUCUUCUGAACAAACUGUCUCAUCUUCAUUCAUACCUCAGUUAGUGCAGCGUUCAUUUACUUCAUUACGUUCAGCUGAGUCUGGUACAACCCAGGAAGCCCUUUCAACAGAGAAUGGUAGUAAAAUUUCUUCAGGACAUCUUCAGAUACCACAGUUGCAGGAUAGGCUUUUGAGAAUAUCACAACUUAUCCAACCUCAACAAGAUAAUUUAAAGGCACUUCAAGAACAGUUAGCUACACAGAGGGAAGCCAUCAUUCAAUCUAGACGAGAAGCUCAGGAAGAACUGGUUUUACAGAAACAGAGUGAGUGGAAGGGAAGAGUAUCUCCUCAGCUGAUUAACACCUCUUCCUUAGCCCUAUUGGUGCAGCAUUCGCUUGCUUCCUUACCUCUUACUGGAUCUGAAAACACACAAGAACCUUGUCCAACAAACAGUGAUGAUAAUACAGUCUCCUCGGGUCCUUCCGAGAUACCAAGAUUGCCGGAUAGGCUAUUGGGUUUAUCAUAUCCUGUAUUACCUCAACAAGAUAAUUUGAUCGCAUCUGAAGAACACUCGCAUGCACAAAUAAAUUCCCUUCCUUCUAUUGAGAAAACCCAGAAAGAAUUGGUUUUGCCAAAACCAUGUAAAUUUGAGGAAGAGAUCUCUUCUGAGCAUUUUAUCCAACCUUGCCAUGGUGAUUUGCAGGCAUUUCAACAGCAGUUAGAUAUACAAAGGAAAGCCAUUCGAUCUAGACAAGAAGUCCAAGAAGAAAUGCUUUUCGAAAGGUUAAGUAAAUUGGAGAAAAGGGUAUCAUCUGAGCAGAUUGGCUCCUCGACAGGGCAAUUGGACUCAGAAAGGGAAGUGGUAUAUUCUUCUGAAGAACCCCAGGACGAACUGCUUUUAAACAAACAAAGUAAGUUGAACAAAAGUGAAUAUGCUGAGCAUGCUGUCCCCUCUUUGUUUCUACCCAAGGACUUAGAGCACUCAUUUAUUCCACUGCCAUUUGCUGAAGGUAAAUCUAAAAGCAUUUGUGAAUUGUGUUCAGCCCAGAAUGAACAUGCAAUUUCCUUAGCUGAUUCUGUCAUCCCGGGAAUUGAAGCUAGACUUUUGAGUUUUUCACAGCCUAUCUUAGCUCAGCAAGAUAACUUGGGACUUCAGAAGCAGUUGGAUAUACAAAAAGAAGUUCUGCAUUAUAGCCAGAAAGCACAAGAAGAAUUGCUUGUUCAGAGAAAAACAGCAUUGCAGCAGCAGAUACAGAAACACCAAGAGACUUUGACAGAUGUCUUUAAAGACAGUCAGCCCACAGUUGCAAGUGAUUUAAAAACCCAGAAGAUGGGACAGCUCAGAGAGUGUCUUCCUCAUAUCCAAGACCUAUCAAGAGAUGAUCAGGAAAACAGUAGUCAUGCAGAUAGGAGCAACUCUAAUGAUAAUGAGCUGGUUUCAGAAGAUACUAGUGCUAAGCAAAGUGGUGAGCAUCUGGACAAAGAACUGGGUAGAAGAUCCUCAAAGCCACCUGUAGCAAAAGUUAAAUAUGGUUUGGACUUAAACCAACAUGAACUUAGUGCUAUACAAGAAUUAGAAUCACCAGCAAGUGACAGACCCUCUAUACUAGGUAAACUAGAUUUUUAUCAAGACAGAGAUCCCAUGAGAGUCUCAGUAAGCCGAGAACAAAGUUUCCUUGGGAGCCCGCUGGCCCGUGAUCCAUUUGGUUGUCUUCAACCAAAUGCCCAGGAGAAUGUCUAUGGUGAUGACUAUAAUGAACCAGUCAAGGUCAAGAAGUCUAUUCUUGAAAAUCAUGCAGUAUUAAGUUAUGCUGUUGAGGAAGAAGAGCAUACAUAUCUGGGUCUGAAUGUAAAGCCAGAUAAUGAGGCCAAAACACAAGAGAUUUCUCAUGAGCCAUUAUCUUCAGGAACUGUUUCUACUGGGAGCUUUCUAAGUUAUGAAAACACAGAUUUGAGCUUUACAGAUCCAGGGUCAUUUGCAGAGCACAUGGAUGAUAGGGAACAAGAAUCUACCACCGAUAAAGAAGAUGAAACAAAUAUUUUAAGUUCUAUAGUUCCUUCAAUACAAGUUAUUUAUCAACGGCACAACUCUUCAGAGAGUCAUAAAUCUCUUUUGCCUGCAGUGGAAGAAUUUACAUCUGGUCACACACACUCUCCGCACAUCACAGACAAGUAUAUAAAUGAAGCAAAUUUGAUACUCACAAAAACAGACUUGCGGGCAGUUGACCUUGACUUUCCAGAACUGGAACAGAUUUUUCCAAAUUUGCAUCGUCAGCUAUUUAAACCCUUAGAACCACAUCCAGAUUUUGAUUCAUCACCAUCCUCUGGGAUUUCUCAAGACAACAGAGACUUUUACCAGAGCCCAGAGUCUUCAUCUGAAAACCACCGUGCUACUAUAUCAUCCAAAAGUACAGUUUCUUUCACAGCGUUGAGGAGGACUAGCCUGCAUUCUUCUCUUAACACAAGCCUGGAUCAGCAACCUGACACUAACUUGGCUCAUGCUGCAGCUCAGAGUUUUGCUACAGAAAAUAUUAUUGAGGGAUCUGAACAAUCUUUUCAACAGCUUCUGCCAGAAUUUUCUUCACAGGAGGGGAGCCAGCAUGCUGAUUUACCAAGUAUUUUUAGCAUUGAAGCAAGAGAUUCUUUCCAAGGCAUGGAAAACCAGAACUAUUCCUCUGAAGAACAUACUGAAAUAUUACAAAAUAAGAAAAAAAGUGAUUUCCAGCUCUCUGUAGGAAAUGUGCUAAGUUCAGUCUCCAGUUCAUCUGAUGAGGCUAAUGUAUUUGAUCAGUUAAAUGUACAACAUAGCACUCCAUGUGGUUCUACUUCUAGUCGAAGCUCAAUAAAACAGCAACUGGAAAGCAGAAAAGAAACACUGGGAUUUGAAGAACUAUCAGAAAGAGGGGUUGUUACAAUGUUACAAAGUCAAGGACUCAUUGAAGUUGAUAAAAAUGAAACCGGUAGAGUUGUAGACAUAAAUCCACAUGUAGAUGAAAUUGACUCUCAAUUAUGUGUAAGAACAGUGGAGAUGGGAACUUCAGUUCAUACAUCACAUUCGGUAACUAUGCGAGAUGAGAAUUCAACUGAAACUGAAACCCCAAAAAUCAUAAAAACCCUAUCUCAACUAGGACAAUCAGAGCUCUCUAUAAAUUCUGGAUCAUUUUCAUUACAGAACUCUAUUCCAACCUGGAUUGCUGAAGCGGAUUUUGCAAACUUAACACUAGAAGAAAAGAGAGAGAAUGAGGCAGAAAGCUGUUUUCAGGUGAGUGAAUUUCCGCCUUUUGUAUCAGAAACAGAAGUCUCAGAUUGUCCAGCUGCAUCAGAGCUUUCAAUAGAGACGUCAACAGUGUCUGCAGCAGAAACUCUUCCAAAAUUUACACCUAUACCAGGUAGUUUACAAGAAGCAUUUGUAAAGAGAAAAAAAACAUUUAUGGAAAGAUCCUGCCAAAGGCAGAAAGAAAUACGGAAUAAAAUUCCUGUCUCUGAAAAUUCUCAAAUGAAAAUAGUUCCAGAGAAACCAACUAUAGGUUCAUCUGUGAGUGGCCUAAAGGGUGUGAAUAAAAUCAGAGCCUCUCUUUCUCCAGACGGACACAUGACACAAGCCCUCAUGCAACAAAGGGCUCUAAGAUUAUACAAUCCACUUGCUAAAGUGAAACAGCAAAAUGAAGAGAAAUCAAAGCAAGAAGCUUAUGCCCAAAACAGAGCAAGGGCAAGAGAAUUUCAUAAGAAAACACUAGAGAAACUCCGAGCCAAAAAUACAUGCUGACUUUCUACAAAAAGUAUAAAAAGUUUUUUUAUUAUGGCAUUAAGGCAAAAUUA